GAUAUUUUCCCUCUUCCUCCCUCUCCACUCCCGCACGCGCACACACAGAGCAACAUUUGAGCUUAUUUUCUCCUCUCUUGUGCACGAACUUCCGAUGCUUUGUGGUUGAUUCCAAAGAUGGCUUUCUUGCUGCAUGGUUCUUGUUCUCUUUCGUGUUUAUAGUCCGCCGAUGGCGUUUUCAUCCACUCGGCCUCUCUAUCCGGCAACCCCAUUGCUCUUCAGAUAUGGAAUGACAUGCCCACCUCGAAGAAGUCUUCAUUUCGCUUCUUCUUUGUGUCGUUUUUCCUAUAACUCCAUCGAUUCAGAGGCUAUAAAGGACAACCUGUCGAGGAAAAACGAUAAGUUGUACACUUCGAAAUCGCAAGCGCUUCAAAAUCAUUCAAAUGGGAGAACAUAUAGCACCGAUGGUGGGUGGCUUGAAAAAUGGGGCGAUGCUCAGCAAGCCAGUGUUCGGAAGAAGCCUCAACCUGUGUUGGACUACAGAGAUGGUGAGGCCUCCAGUGAGGAGGAGGAUGGUGGUGGGGACAUGGGGAACGAUUUGGAAGAGGAGAGUGGUAGUACAAUGGACAGAAUUGUGGAGAAAUUGAAGAAAUUUGGCUAUGUUGAUCCGCCGGCGCGCUCGAAGGGCGAGCCAAGAGAAGAGAGGUGGCCGGAGAAAGGCUCAGUCGAAGACAUUUUCUACGUUGAACCAGGUGUUCUGCCGAAUUCGAGAGGAGGAUUCUCGGCAGAGUCUCCUCUAGGUCAGCACUUCGAGGAUGAUGACGGAGAGGCUCGGUUUCCAUGGGAAAAGCGGGUUCAAGAGGUAUUAGAAGAUGGGAGCUUGGCGAGGAAGAGAAGAAGCAAAACAUCGUUUGCUGAAUUGACUCUUCCAGAAUCCGAGUUGCGCAGGCUGAGGCAUUUGGCAAUUCGGACGAAGGGGAAGACGAAGAUUGGCGGCGCGGGUGUUACUCAGGAGAUCGUGGAAGCAAUUCAUGAGAAAUGGAAAAAAUCAGAGGUGGUCAGAAUCAAAUGUGAAGGGUCACCUGCACUCAACAUGAAAAGGAUGCAUGAAAUCUUGGAAAGGAAGACUGGAGGAAUGGUGAUUUGGAGGUCAGGCAGUUCCCUUUCUUUAUAUCGAGGAGUGAAUUAUGAGGUUUCAUCUAAGCAAAAUAGUCAAUAUAGAGAGAACAAACACAGAACUAGUCCAAGUACAUUUGAUCUACAACCUGGUGUGGCUCAAGGUGAUUUGCCUGAAAGCAGAUCAGUUAGCAGUGGUGAGGCAUCCAGUUCAAGCUCCAGCGAUGAGAAAGAUGUUUCAGAAUCUUCUAAAAAACUCAAAUAUGAGCAUGAAAUAGACAAACUUUUAGAUGGUCUAGGUCCAAGGUUCACAGAUUGGCCAGGUUGCAAUCCAUUACCAAUUGAUGCAGAUCUUCUUCCUGGUGUGGUUGCUGGCUAUAAACCCCCGUUCAGACUUCUACCUUAUGGGGUCAAACGCUCACUUGGAACAACUGAAAUGACAUCUCUUCGAAGACUUGCAAGGGUAUUGCCUCCUCAUUUCGCGUUAGGGAGAAGCAGGCAGCAUCAAGGCUUAGCAGUGGCAAUGAUAAAGCUAUGGGAGAAAAGCUCUAUUGCAAAGAUUGCUCUCAAGCGGGGGGUUCAGGUCACUACUAGUGAGAGAAUGGCUGAAGAUAUAAAGCAACUAACAGGAGGCACACUUCUAUCCAGAAACAAGGACUACCUUGUGUUCUACAGGGGUAAGAAUUUCUUAUCUGCUGAAGUAACAGAAGCAUUAUUAGAGCGGGAAAGAUUGGCCAAGACCUUGCAGGAUGAAGAGGAAAGGGCACGGUGGAGAGCUUCUCUAUCAGUUACUUCAGAUGUACAGCCAAGUGCAGAGCCUCAUACUGCUGGCACACUAGGGGAAACACUUGAAGCCAGUGCUCGGUGGGGAAAGAAACUGGAUGAAAGAGACAAGAAAAUGAUGAAGAGGGCUGCAGAAAAGGCGAGGCAUGCUGAUUUAGUGAGGAAGCUUGAGAACAAAAUGGUUUUGGCCCAGAGGAAAUUAAUGAAAGCAGAAAAAGCAUUAGCCAAAGUAGAAGAAUUUUUGAAGCCAGCAGAAUCUUCAGUUGAUCCAGAAAGCAUCAGUGAUGAGGAGCGCUUCAUGUUUCGGAAGCUUGGCCUUAGAAUGAAAGCAUUCCUGCUACUGGGCAGACGAGGAGUUUUUGACGGCACAGUUGAAAACAUGCAUCUGCAUUGGAAGUACAGGGAGCUGGUUAAAAUAAUUGUAAAAGCAAAAACGUUCGCAGAAGUGAAGAACAUAGCUCUGUCGCUUGAGGCAGAAAGUGGAGGUAUACUGGUCUCUGUGGAUAGGGUAUCCAAAGGGUAUGCCAUGAUUGUUUACCGAGGCAAGGACUAUAAGAGGCCACCUACUUUGAGGCCCAAGAAUCUCCUAACCAAGCGCAAGGCUUUAGCUCGAUCCAUAGAGCUUCAGAGGCAUCAGGCAAUCCAAACUCAUAUCUCAAAUCUUCAGAAAAGGGUGGCAGAUUUACGCAAUGAACUAGAUCAAAUGGAAGAUGUGAAGGAACAUGGAGAUGAUGAGCUAUAUGCAAGGAUUGAUUCAGCAUAUUCUUCUAAUGACGAAGAUACAGAGGAUGAAGGAGAGGAAGCAUAUCUUGAGACCUAUCAGAUAGAUGAAGAUCUAGAUGCAUUUGAUGACAUUAAGGAAUCAAGUUAUGGUGUAGAUUCAUCUGCAAUUAAUUCCUUUACGGCACAUGAUAGCAAUCUCCCAACGAGAUGGGGAGGAACAAUGUCACAUGAUUGAAGAGAAAUUUCAGGGAUAUAUCAUCUUGUUGAAGGAAAGGUGCAGGCAUUAUGUUUGUCGGUGAUAUUCAAUUUGGACGGCUUAUCUAUGAGAUUGACUCCACGUAGUAAAUUAUGUCCAGCCCAAUUACUUAUUUCCUGGUAUCGAUGACGCUUCCAUUUCGUAAGCUUACGAGAAGAACUACCAGACGUGGUCGGCGCCUGAAGGUUCAGCAUCUUGUUCGUGAAAAGGAAAUCGUACUCCCAUCAUGUUAUUUCAAAGAUGGUCACGUUCAUGCUACUUGGUUCCACCAAGAAACAGCAAAAGAAAUCUAUUUCCCCAUUCGUCCCCUUUUUUUGGCGAUGUACGAAAUAGGUUCUUUCUGUGGUAUUGAUCUCCAUGUAUAUGCACAUCUCUGCAAUUUUCGGUUGACGCUUGAUUGUACGAAUAAUGCAUUCAACGUGAACUAUGAUUUCUCUGUGGUUUUA